AUGAAGACAGGUGCUGUUUGCCUGAUAAUUAUAACACUAUUCCAAAGCACAGUUAACGGGUUUUAUUGUCCAGCAAGAUGUCACUGCGAUUCAAGUUUGAAGCACGUAAACUGUAAUGGUCAAAACCUUUCGGAGAUACCCACGUGUGACAGCACGACUUUGUCUCUGUCUUUGAGCAGCAAUCGCAUAGCCAAGUUAAAGAACGAUUCCUUCACAGGCCUGUCGCAACUGGAAAAUCUGACAUUGAAUGGCAACAUUAUAUCUGAAAUAGAGGUCGCUACGUUUCAACCCUUGGGCAGUGUACUUAAUAUAAGUUUGACGGCAAACAGAAGGUUGCAUUUCGAUACCCUAGAGCCCGCCUUUUGUUUUAUAUCUAAAUCAAUACGUUGGCUUUGGUUAAACAGCUUGAAAAUUUUAUCCAAACCAUCAAAACUGCACAGCUCUCUUUUCCAUUGCCUUGCGAACAGCGAACUAACAGAACUAAACCUAAACGAUAACGGCAUCCAAACUCUGCCAGAUUCCAUAUUUGCCGGACUGUCCAAUUUGCGUGUCCUCCGCUUACAAGGGAAUUGUAUUGACACCGUACAGCCCACGACAUUUGCUGGUUUGCACAAUCUACGCUGUUUAGAUUUACGGGACAACAGCCUGAGCAAAAUUCCAUAUUUUGGCAAUGAAACGCAUCCGCUUUUUCCAAAUCUAUCUGAAUUAAGUUUAGACCAUAAUAGCAUAGAGACUAUCAGCAAAAUUGAUUUCGUUGCUGUUAAGAACUUGGAGAGGUUAUAUUUAGACAAUAAUGCGAUAAAACAGCUCCUGAGCAAUAUGCUCAGAUGCAUGACAAAAUUGAAACACGCAUCAUUUACAAAGCAACAUGAUGGGCUAAGGACAAUUGAUUCAAUGGCAUUUGCCAGUGAUUCCCUAUUGUAUCUUGAUAUAAGCGUCAACAAGUACACAUUCUGCUCAGAUCGAUAUGACCUUUUUUCGCACACGCCUAAUUUGCAUGAGCUUAACUUGAACUCCAAUCACCUGAGACAUUUAAAUUCGACUGCAAUGGAGACCAUGUUCCGAAAUCUCACACAACUAAGAAAAAUGUACAUCCGAAACGCUGGCUUGUCUGUCCUUCCUCCCAACAUGUUUGUUAACAAAGGAAUGCUGAGUGAGCUUCAACUGCAAUCCAACAGCCUGUCAACGUGGGACCCGUUCGUUUUCCAACCCCUAAUAUCAUUAAAGAAACUAUACAUGAACGGAAAUCGAAUUAGUGUGUUGAACGAGACUUCCUUUCCACGGCACAUUUGGAAUAACGUGACAGAAAUGGACUUAAGUGGGAAUCCUUUCUCUUGCACGUGUGGAAAUUUAUAUUUCCGCAAUUGGAUGCAAACCACCCAAGUUAAGCUUCUUGAGAUUCAUCGGUACCAAUGCUUUGAACCAAAAGACCUCGAAAAAACUUUGUUUUUAGAUUGGCAUCCUACCAUAGCCCAGUGCACCGUAUGGAUUAUAGCCAGUGCCAUCGGAGUCUCUACAAUGUUAUUUCUGGCGCUUGUGAUAGUUGUGUCUCACAGAUAUCGCUGGUACUUACGCUACUGGUGCUUUUCCCUACGUGCGCGUUACAAGCGUCUAGAACCGUUUGAAGAUAACGGCACUUACGUGUUCGACGCAUUUGUAUCUUACAACUGCCAUGAUCGUUCCUGGGUUAUACAAAGACUGCUUCCGAAAUUAGAAUAUGACGCUGGCUUCAAACUUUGUCUUCACGACAGAGAUUUCAUCGUAGGACAUGACAUCGUGGACAACAUUGUGGACGGUAUAGACGUUAGUAGGAAGACGAUCCUCGUGUUGUCCAACAACUUUGCUCAGAGUCAAUGGUGCCAAUUGGAAAUGACGAUGGCUCAGCACAAGCUAUUUGAUGAGAACAAGGAUAUCCUGGUCUUGAUAUUGCUCGAGGACAUCAAACCUGAGAACCUCAGCAAUAGGCUGACCCUGUUGCUAAGGAAGCAGACCUAUAUAGAGUGGCCUAGCGAGGAAGAGGGGCAAGAGCUCUUCUGGGAAAGAGUGAAGGCGGCUCUCCGGCGACCCCCUGAAUAUGAACGUAUACCCUGAAUAAAUUAAUUGAAUUGAAACACAGGACAUGCUGCAGUUUUUAACUAGGAACCGUAAUUGAAUAAUGAAAAACACGAGUCUUAAAAGUGUUAAUUAGGACUGUUCGCAGAAUGACAGGAUGCAUCAUUUUUUAACCAUUAUUAAUAGAUCAUAUAUCAGAGGACGCUUAAUUAAUUUAGGUAUUUAGGUUAAAAGAACACUAUUCUGCUAGUACCCCCUCGCUAGGCCAUCGCUUAAAUCUUUAAACUCUGAAGUGAUCGAAAUGAGCAGAAAAAAUGACUGUAAACGGAACCCAGAAAGUGACAACCCCUUUAAUGGGUGAAUGAGAUGGUUGUCCUACAUGUAGCAGAUGUUUCUUAGAUCAGCGAAAUGGAAUAAUACCCGUUAUGCUUUUAUUAGAAUAUUUAUAAUGAAAAUUCAGAAAUUUUCUAGUGGGAUGCAGGAAAACUUUUCCGAUAAACAAUCCUUAUUGAACCCUUAUAUUUGUCGAAUUGUUAACUUCUUUCAAUCAAAAUGUGAU